AUGUCUUCAGAGACUCCUCUGACUAGUGUGAUGAGUGAUGGUUCGAUAGAAGAAUACUGGGUUACUAAUACUUCAAACGGGACAGAGCAAUGGACCUUAGCUCCUCUUCCAGAUCACUUCAGGAAGGUUCCAUGGCCUCAGCUUACUGUAAUGAUUGUCGUAUUGGUCUUUGGAGUGGUAGCUAAUCUCUCCAUCAUCUUCAUUGUCCUCAAGAAUAAACGUUUGCGAUCAACACCGAACAUCAUCGUGGUCAACCUCACCGUUGGUGACUUACUCUGUCUUGUGGUCAAUCUGCCUCUCAUCAUUGACUACCAUUUCCGAUAUGAGAGGAAUUGGGUGUUUGGUCAGUUCAUGUGCAAGUUUGCCCACAGCAGUAUGGUAGCCAGUGGGUGCAUCACUGUGUAUUCGCUGAUGGCCUUAGCCAUUGAGCGAUAUCUGGCCAUUGCCUGGCCUUGGCGUAACCGCGACAGUAGCCGAUGCGUCAAGAUGUCUCGAAACUGUUUCCUGGGUCCGACCUGGCAGAUUGUCCUGAUGAUUUGGGUUGGAGCAUUCCUCGUGGGAGCUCCUAUUUGGUACACAGCACAGGUGUAUGUCUACUACGAUGACGUGAACGUGUGUAUGUUUAUCAACCAUGGUCAGCUGGUCGCACAGGUUUACAAAGUAUUUCGUCUCUUGGUUGCUUUCCUCAUCCCUCUGGCUGUGAUAAUCGGCGCCCAUACGUUGACUGCUUAUGCCCUGAUCAAGAGUGUCCGAGAGCCAGUCUUCGGAGGAAACCCACAGGUUUCACCAACCAACCGCCAGACCCCACGCGUACGAUCACGAGUAAAGCUAGCUAUCGUCAUCACAGUUCUAUCUGCGAUGUUCUUCAUCGCUUGGUUGCCCUUCUAUCUCUUCAGCAUCUGGUUCCAAUUCUAUUACAGUGAGAUAUUCGAGACCUACGCCAUGCUGGAAUUUUUCCGCUGGAAAGAUGUCCCAAUCUACAUGCUGAGUUGCUUAAACCCCGUUGCGCUUUACAUUCUGAGUACGCGGUUCAGACACCAGUUGUUCAAUGAUAUCUUCUGUUGCUUUGGGGAUCGAAGAUUUGCUUGGAAGCCAUCAGAGACAUUUAGCUCAUUGAAGGGAUCCUUCUUUACUGCCAGUACCUUCAGAAGCCGGUCACAUUUUAACAGGAGAUCCUCAUCAUGCCGCUACGAUCAGGGGACACCGGUAGCAGCAUCCUCUGAAGAACUUUAA